ACGCCGUGAGUGUAGUGUUCAUAAAGUUCAUAGUAUUAUGAUUUAAACAAAUCUCAAUAAUAAACACUUCUUGCAUUUCCUGAAGUUCAAAGAUAGCAAACAUAUAUCGAGAUCCUCGAAAUGGCUUUGCACGGAUGCUGUGGUGUAAUAAAAUAUUUAGUUGUUUUGGUCAAUUUAUUGUUUUGGUUUGUUGGAUUUUCUAUUGUGUUGCUGGCAAUUUGGAUGCUGACAGAUCCCUCGUUUUUGAUUUCAAUGACACAGAAUGAGAGCAAUUACUUCAUUGGUCUAUACAUUUUACUAGUCGUCGGUGGACUUAUGCUAACUGUUGCAUUCCUUGGCUGCUGUGGAGCAUUUAAAGAAUCUAGGUGCAUGUUAUUGUCUUUUUUCAGUUGUUUGUUGAUUGUGUUGGUAGCGGAGUUAGCAGCUGGUGCUUGGGCAUAUCACAACUCAUCAAAACUGGAUACGUAUGUUCGAUCCGCUGUAAAGAAUGCCGUUCAAGAUGAAUACUCUGUUUUGCCUACCAGAACGGCUACGUUAGAUUCGAUUCAAAAAUAUGUAAGUAUUAUGAUUAGUUUCUACACCCAAAACUGGGCAGCGCUGGUCCGAGCGAAUAAUGGCCUCGAGACGAGAGAAUAGUGGUACCAUUGAUUG